AUGUUUGGAUGGUUGUUUCACCUCGGCUUAGAUGCAUUCAUUAUCAGUGCAUUCCUCGCUGGCAUAAGACGUUCAACAGGCCUUACACCUGCACUAUCUCAAGUUCCUAACAAGGACAUUCGUCAGCUGCUACGGUCGUAUCUUGAAGUCGGUGAAUACGCAUUCGACUUUGCAGUCGUUGUAUUCGGGCGCUCCAGUUAUUUCGAGAGGAGGCAUUGA